GUUUUGUUUUAAAUUAUUUUUUUCUAAAUCAAUUAAUCAAGUUCUGCAAUUCUUGUUUUGCAAACUAAAUCCUAUUUAGUGAAAUUUUUAGGGCAAAUCAUUUCAGCCUCCCCAGUCGCCUCCAUCUCUAUUCUCGUUCUCGACUCUGAACUUGCCCUCUCUCUCUGUGCAAUUGCAAACUACAAAAUCUACAAGAAUCAGAACCGCAUAUCAUUUCAGAUUGUUCAAAAUAUCAAAACUCAUAUCCUUCAGUUUCCAUCGCCCGCUGUUCCAGUUCGGGUUCGCCAUUCCUGUCUCUUAACUCUCAAGCCCUCUCUCUGCAACUUGCUUCUUUUGUCAAAUCAUCAUCAAUUUAUUAUUGCUGCUUUUGUCUAAUCAUCAUCAUUUUCCCAUAUUCUAUAUGAUUUCAUCAGUCGAAUUCUAGUUUUCUGUUUGUUUGACGCCAAUAAGACCUUAUUUUUGAGUUAAAUUCUGCCACUUACAUUUAUGUUCAUUAUUCUUAACUUUGAUUCUGAAAUGUCUGAUUAUUGUGAUACAAUAAUUACAAUAAUUCUGCAGGUGGACUUUCGCAUUAGUAAUCAUUUAUUUCGCGAUUGGGACCGUUGUAUCUGCUCCUACUCAGGAAAACCUCCUUCUGAUAAUGGAGAAAGAGGAGAGUUUCUCAAAAUGGAUGUGGAAGAGAGUAUUUCGACAACUGCUGCAACUUCUAGGGGAAAAAAUUUCUGGGCAGCAUCAAGUUGCAAAGCCACUACUAUGACGAAGAGGAGAUGCGACAAAGAGCUGGAACUGCAUAUCAGGUCAAGCUAGGAUUGCGGGAUUGCGGUUGCCGUUACUUUUUUUGUUGCUGCUAUAUUUUUUGUAUGGCCCAUGAAGAAGUUGCAUAAAUAGAAGAGAGACUAAAAUAGAGCAAGAAAAUAUGAAGAAUUUUUGUUUUAUUUUGGUUAAGUAAAGAUAUAAGUUGUGGAUCAUGUACUUCUUUGAAAUUUGUAUAUGGUUAAUUUUUGUAUAAUGAUUUGGAAUUGGUUAUAUAUAUAUAUAUAUAUAUAUAUAUAUGAAGUUAUUGGCUAGUUGUAAGUUA